UCUUGCUCUGCUCUCUCGCCUCUCUUUCUUGCAAACACGAAAACGGCAGCUGCAACGGACGCGGCGACGAUAUUGUAAAUACACUCGCACGUAGACUCUUGUUAUUAUAGUAGCGAAAAAAAAAGUGUUAGUGUGUUUCGGAGCAGCAAAGCGCCCGUGGUUGCGGUGUGACAAUCGUGUGUCGUUUUCGCAUGUGUACAUCAUAUACGUCGUGUACCUACUUAAACCACAUAAACUCUUAGAAACAGUGAUAAUUGUGAUAAAGAGGCUAAGUCUCUCCGUCACCACGACCACAACACGAUGACAACGACGACGACGAGGUUUCAUUUGACCAGUGACUGCUAGGACAUCGCAAACAAACUUCGUUUCUCUUUUGCAUUGUGUACUUAUUGCCUCUUUAAACAUCAAAGUGCACGAGUGUUGAAGUAAAGGUGCUCUUCGGCAGUGGGUAAGAAGAAGUUCAAGAAAAAGAGUGGGAGAAGAACAAGAAUAGUAGAACAGAGGGAGAGAGAGCGAGCCCAUUCGUCGUCGCUCGUCGCCCCCGCCGAGAAGAAGAGAGAAAGACACAACACAUCAUAUGUAUACACAACAUAAAGCGCUGCCCCGAUGCUCCGAAGCUGGUGCACAACAGACAAACCAAGUGUGCAACACCUAGGUAAUAUUUGCUCCGAAGUGGUUACUGGUGUUGUCAAUUAACCAAGUUUACAACAUAUUAUUCUUUAGACAAAGCUCAUGUGUCAAUUCUUUGUGCUUGAAAAAACAUUGGCCUAAUCGUGCUCCGUUGUGUACAAGAAAUUACAUUAUCAGUGCAAGUAUUGUGCAAGUGUAUUGUCACCCAGUGUCGGUCUAUAUGCAUUUACAUCUGUAUAUACGCGGGUAAUAGUCGUCCUUUUUCUCUCUUUUCUGCUGUUCUUAUCAUCCUUUUCUUUCGCGAGCACACACCUGAGGAAUGUGACUCAAGUUGGCAACGCGUCGUUGCCCUUUCACCUAAAUACACUUAGGUACUCACACUUGCUGUGCAACCAUGUACCUGAGAUCCUGUGUUAGCUUCUUCACCGGGUGGCCUAUGUGAGUUCACUGGAAACCAGCAAAUAUAUAUAUAUAUGCAUAUCUAUGAAUACAAAAACCGUGAAAAGUGUUAAAUCAAGAAAUAAAUAAGUAUCGGAGCAAGCAACAUAAUUCGCCUUAAUCGUUAUCAGUUUUGUGAGAGACAAAGUUGCUGCUGUGCAGUUAAGUUUGAAGAAAGAAAAAAGAAAAUUUCAAACAUUCAAUGUUAAUUUAAUACACUUGAAGUACAAACAUAACAUCAUAGAAUUUAUAAUAAAUUAUUUGGUCGUGUUGGCUUGGCACGCCGAAGAGAAGCCUAGUAUAUAUUAUAGGUAGUACCUGUAAGUUACAUGUAUACUGGUGAGUUGCUGACUCCUCUUGGUCUCUGUGUCUCGCUCAGUCGUGCGGAGGUCAAGGCGCCCGUAUAGGUAACGUAUAUACAAUAUACAUGUAUUGUGCAGUCUCUUUCUACUGCUGCUCUACAGACUCUCGCACGCGGCUGCUAAGAUUUUACGAUUUAGUAUAUACCAACACCUAUAAUACCUAAUAUAGGUAUCCGUAUCACUAUAAUUGUAGCACACAACGACGCGAUCACAAUAUACGUAUAUACAUACACGUGCACGCGCGACAGAACGGAGCACGGAGUUAUACAUAGGUAUAUACGUGCAGCAUAUAGGUUGUACAUGCAAACAGCAUCAGAGUGGAGUCGGAGCAGCGGCGACGGCGCAUUUUAUUCUCGCCUGCGGCGAUCUGCAACACCUGGUGCAAAAUGAGACGGGCGAACGCAUCCACUGGGGCACCGCAGUAGUCGGUAUCGAGUCAUCGUCGUCCUAAACUCGUGCUUCGAAAACAGCAUACGCGUGCGUGAUACAAGGCCAAUUUCAGUGAACUGAUAACAAAAAAAAAACAACGACAAUCAAACCAAAAAGAAGGAAGAUACUUAAUAUUUAUAUAAUACCCGAGUACAUGAGGCGCGGACGUUGUGGUUCAGUUUCAGUGGAAGAACAAAUAUCGCGUGAGACCGCCGCGUGACCGCAUGUGUCGCGGCACGGAGAACAGUACAAUAGUAUCAAUCGGUGAUCGGUUGUUUUGCUGUCAAGUUGUUGCCGUUUCUAAGAAUUUGGUGCAGCAUCAGCCAGUUCGAUGUGCAUCGCGACUAAAUCGUCUUCAGCAGUGGUCGAGAGUAGCAGCGGAGCGUAGCCUCAGAGGAGGAGCUGUUCAGAAACAGCAGCAAAGGGUGAAGUUGUUGUUGUUGUCGUCAACGGCGACAGCGGCGGAGGAGCAGACCGCUUCUUCCGUCCACGAGGAAGCGUCAAAGGGCGAACGCUGGGCCAGGCAGGCGCCGGCAGCUCCCGCGACUCCGGAAGCCUAGCGAAGAAGAUGGCCUUCAAUGAGAAGGUGGACCCCGAGCUGAUAUUCACGAAACAGGAGAGGAUCGGCAAAGGUAGCUUCGGCGAGGUGUUCAAGGGCAUCGACAACCGCAGCCAACAGGUCGUCGCCAUAAAGAUCAUCGACCUCGAGGAAGCCGAGGAUGAGAUCGAGGACAUACAACAGGAGAUCAUGGUCCUGUCGCAGUGCGACAGUCCCUUCGUCACCAAGUACUAUGGAUCCUACCUCAAGGGCACAAAGUUGUGGAUCAUUAUGGAAUAUCUGGGCGGCGGCUCGGCACUGGACCUCAUGAAGGCCGGGAGUUUCGAGGAGAUGCACAUAGCGGUCAUCCUCAGGGAGGUACUCAAAGGCCUCGACUAUCUUCACAGCGAGCGUAAGCUGCAUCGCGAUAUUAAAGCGGCGAACGUUCUGCUAAGUGAGAUGGGCGACGUAAAGCUGGCGGAUUUCGGAGUCGCGGGCCAGCUGACGAAUACCACCAGUAAGCGCAACACUUUCGUCGGCACGCCUUUUUGGAUGGCACCGGAGGUUAUCAAACAGUCCGCCUACGAUUCCAAGGCGGACAUCUGGUCACUGGGUAUAACGGCGAUCGAGCUCGCCAAAGGCGAGCCGCCCAACAGCGACUUGCACCCCAUGAGGGUGUUGUUCCUCAUACCGAAGAACAACCCGCCCCAGCUGACCGGCAACUACACCAAGCAGUUCAAGGAGUUUGUCGAGGCUUGUCUAAACAAGGACCCCGAGAACAGGCCGACGGCAAAGGAGCUGCUAAAGUUCCAAUUCAUCCGCAAGGCGAAAAAGAACUCGUACCUGAUUGACCUGAUCGACAGAUACAAGAAGUGGAAGUCGCAGCGCAGCGAGGAAUCCGAGACGGAGAGUGAGAAUUCAGACUCGGAAGAGUCCAAGCAGGACAGCGACAUGGACGAGCCGUGGAUAAUGACAGUUAAAGGACCGCACGGGCUGAAGGGACCCUCGAUGUUGCCCGUGGCGUUGCGCGAAGAUCCAAUGCCACAGCAGCAACAACAAUCUCGUACGUCAUCGAACGCUAAUCAUACGCCAAACCACAGGCCCCAGCAGCGGGAACAGGAGCCGAGCAAGCCGCACGCGAACGGUGCCUCCAGGUCCCCGCCCAAGGAGUCCAAUGUCAAUCACUACAAGAACGACUCCAGGGACAUUUCCAUACAGAACAAGCACACCCCGUCUCGGACGCACGAGGGAACGCCAAAGGUGUCGUCGGUGGUGGACAACAGCGGUCGCGACUAUCACGACUCGUCGAGCCGAGAAUCGACGUUGCGGAGCUCCAACAAGGACAGGGACAAUGUGCUGCGUCGCCGCGAACGCGACAACGAGGAAAACAGCAGCAACGCCGUGAGCAACAGCCGAGAACAGCGCGAGCGGAAAACCAAGUCCGAGGUGCUCGUGGAGCAUCGCAACGAGGAAAAACCACAGCUAAGGGAUCACCACCACCACCAACAGCAGCUACAGAGACCGAGGAGCUCGCAGGAACUCAAACAUCCGCGUAGUCCCAUCGUCAACGGCGUCAUUUUUCCACUACUGUCUGAUUUGCAGCGUAGAUACCAGUACGCUGCGAGGGACAAUGGCGACGCCAGCAAUUCCAGUAGACAUGUCGGUGCGCUGGACGAGCUGAGAGGUGCCUUCGAAGUCGCGGAGAGAACGUCGCCAGGGAUGAGCGAGAGUUUCGUCAAGGAGAUAUUCAAAGCGCUGCUCCCGACCAAUCAUUCAGACGCUCGGCUUUCCAUGCUGAUGGAAAAGGUCGUUUUAAAGGAUACGUAGGGACGUGAGAGGGCGAGGAUUCGCAGAAAACUGUUGUCGGAUAAUCCGUUGACCCUUUAAGAAGUGGCGAGUCGCGCAGGUGCGCUCUUCCCUUUCUUCCUCCCCUGGGCUCGUCGAGAUCCUCAACUUUGUUAACGAUACCUGAUUUACAGAACCAGCUCCACACCCGGAAGAUCCUGAUGCAGCGCGAUCAUCUGACCACUAUACCUUCCGGAUGUCGGACGUCACGCCUGAUCUGCCCAGGAUCGCGUGCGUUGCGCCUGCAACUAGGUUUUCGUUCAUCUCUCUCUCUCUUUUUUUUUUUUUUUUUAGUUUUCGCUUCUUCCGUUGCAUCUGUUAAGAGUAAUCGUAAAAAGUGAUAAGAGCUAAGUUGUUAAGGGAAUUUGAUGAAUGCUUUCCAGCUGCGUCACGACGUUUUUCUUUUGUUUUGGAGAACAUUUCUUUAAAUCUCUUUUUUUUUUUUUCCUUUUUUCAAUGAUUAGGUAUAGUUGUUGAAAGUUCGUACGAUUGGACGUUCCAACGAGAUAGAGGGUCAGUAAAUUUGUUGACUUGUUCUUGCCUCAUUGCAGAAUUGUAUCCGGAAUUCGCGUUAGUGUAUGUCGCGUAGUCGCCUCGGACGAUACAUUUUUUUUUCUACAUAGAGGGUACACGCGUUUGUGAUUAUUUUAGAUGAAUUAUGAAAAGUAAUUAUUGAUUUGCGUUUUGAUUAAAGUAUUAUUGUUGCAGUGCCAAAUGUUUUAGAUUCUCUGAUUAAAUGUUAAUACAGAAUGUAACGUUUUAAAAAAUAUUUAAAAAAUUAAAACCUUAAGUACAAAAUAUUAAAGAAAAAAAAAAGAAAAAGAAAAAAAAGAACAUUAUAAAAUAUAGCUAUUAUGAGACAAGUAGUCCAUAGAUAAUACUGACAAAAAAUAAAUGAAGAUAAAUUUUUAGAUAUUAAUGAGAAAGUGUAUUAGCGUGCGUAACGUGCUUUUUAAGACAAACAAAUAAACAAAAAGUAGACAUUGAUUCCAAAAAGUUUAACCUAUUUUUCCACUCGCGUAGCAUUUAGACACCUGAUUAUUUUUCAUAAUUCAUGAAUGUAAAAUAAAGAUGAUGUUAAAGACUGCCUCAGAUCUUUCCUUUCGCUCUUCGUGUAGCUGAACGACGAAGUGUCUCAGACUCUCGUGCGAUUUUUAGUAAAAGUAAACGAUAGCUUCUGCAGAUAAUAGUAAUAACAAUAAAAAUAACCUAACGUUUUGAGAAAAUAAUAGCGAACAUAACUCGGAGCAAUGUUAGUGGCAUGCUUUGUUAAUUUUUAAUAUAAAUAUUAAAGCAAAAUAGACGAAUUGAUCAAGCAAGCGAAAUAAUGCGCAUUCUGGAUUCCGUUAAAGAAAGACAAUGAAAUCAGAAGUAGGGAAAAAAAAAAAAAAAAAAAAAAAAAGAAGAAGAAACUUUGGCCUCGUUACUAGAGGCUUUGUAAAUAUGUAUUUAGGACGUUAAAAAAUAUAGAAAUAUCUUGUUCUAACUGUCGACGUGCCUGCUGAAUCGUCCUGAUAAUCGUCCGCAUUGUAAAAGGUGAAGAAUGUAAGAAAGAGAAAUAGAGUGUUAACAGGACGUAUACUCAAAAUAGUCAAGGGAGCAAAGUGAUUUAAUUUUUGCAAUUCACAAAGUUAUAGAAAUAAACCUUAAGCCAACUGUUGUUAAUUGUAAACGUGAAACAUGAACUACAAGCAGAACAUAUUUUACAAUCCAACAUCAUUGGGUUUUAGUUUGUAAGGAUUCGAGCCUUCAUUUCUAUUGGAUUGUGCAUGUCAUUUUACUGUAAUGGUAUUUUUCAAAAUCAUUUGAUUCUUUUCGAAUGGCUUUAAAAUAAAGUAUGUAAUAAAAGACAAUACAAAGUUAAAACAAAAACAAACCAUGCCAUUUGCUGGAGUACAUUAUUUUUCGCGUAUCACGCAAGUUCCCACGUGUAUUAAAACGUUGUGCAGGUCGUCGAUGUUUAAAAAAAAAAAA